GCAAAACAGCAAAAGUUCUUCAAACGCCUUAUGCUUCAUCGAAUCAAGUGGGACGACGAAAAGAGUGAGUCUAAAGAGAAGCCUACCAACAGAUGUGUUCUUGUUUGGGAAGGCCUUGUCAAAAAGCGAAGUUUCGGUGAAAUCAAGUUUAAGUCCUGUCCACUAGAAAAGCUUGCCCGGGAACACUUUCAGAAGCAUGGCGUCGAGCACUACUGGGACAUGGCUUAUAGCAGCGCCGUUUUUGACCAAUCUGAAGAAAUUGACUGA